UUUUGACCAUGUUUGACAUGUUGCUGACUCUGGUCCUGGCAGAAAGUAGCUCAGAACAAGUAUUAGUUGUUUCCCUCUGACUCAUUUCGUUCAUGGUCAACAGCCAACUGGAAUUGGCGUUUUUUCAUUUUAUGCUGAGAACUAUUGUAGAACUACUCCUGUUCCAUGCGAGCUCCAUCAAUAUCCUGAAGUCUGUUCGAGGACGGUCUGUUGUGCUUUGUGUUGCCAGCUGCCUUGGCUGUGUAACUAAGGCACAAUGGCCGAAGUUGACCCGGAAACACUGCUGGAAUGGCUGAGCAUGGGCCAGGGAGAUGAGCGCGACAUGCAGCUCAUUGCUCUAGAACAGCUUUGCAUGAUACUGCUGAUGGCUGAUAACGUGGACAGAGUAUUUGAAAUGUGCCCGCCUCGUACCUUCUUACCUGCUCUGUGCCGCAUCCUGACGGACGAGACCGCCCCAGAGAACAUUGUGGAGGUGACGUCCCGAGCUAUCACGUUCUACCUGGAUGUGUCGGCGGACUGUGCACGGCGCGUGGUGGCCCACGAGGGCGCAGUGUCUUCGCUGUGUACCCGCCUCGACAUGGUCGACGUCAGUUCGCGCGUUAGCCGCGACCUGGCUGAACAAAACGUCAAGGUUCUGGAACUGCUGGUGAGCCGAGAUAACAGCGCGGUGUACGAGGCUGGCGGUCUGAUGUGUGUACUGACGUUCAUCAGUGCCCACGGCAACGUGCUGCACCGCGACACGCUGCACAGCUGCAUGUCGGUGGUGGUGCGCCUCUGCUCGCGCCUAGACCCCGCCGACAGCACGGUGCCGACUGUCGUCCAGGCGCUAUCCGACCUGCUGCAGCAUGCCGAUCAGCAGGUCAAGGACGGUGCCCUACGUUGUUUUGCCACAAUGGCAGAGCGGUAUGUUCGCCGUAACGUCGACCCACUGCCGUUAAGCGCAUGUGGCCUGAUCAACGAGCUGCUCAGAAGGUUGAAUAGCGUGUCAGCUCGUUCCUCACAGUCCACUAGUGUGUCCUCCUCCAAGGAAAGUGAAGCAGCCAGCCAGCCCGAGUCUCUCACCUCUGUUUCACUGUCCAUUGGCCUUCUGGCCACUCUCUGCCGGGCUUCGGCAUCCAUUACUCACGAUCUUCUGCGCUCUGACUUGAUUGAUUCAAUAGAGGCUGCACUGAAGGGAGAGGAAAGCUGUGCUUCUGAGGUGGCCCGCUUUGUCAAUCUGCUGCUCGUGAUCAUCUUCAAUGGGCGCCGUGCGUUGCCAAAAGGUUCGGGCCACUUGCCUCAGUUCCCCAGCCUACACCGUGCCAGCAUCUCUGGCUCAGAGCGCAAUCACUUCCAGGUCAUUGACGGUAUCCGCAGCAAGGACACAUCAGGCCUGGUCGAAGCUAUCGAAGCAGGUUUUGAUGUGAACUUCAUGGAUGGUGUGGGGCAGACUUUACUAAACUGGGCUGCAGCGUUUGGCACUCCUGAGAUGGUGGAAUACCUGUGUGAAAGAGGUGCGGAUGUGAAUCGUGGUCAGCGCUCAUCAUCCCUGCAUUAUGCAGCUUGCUUCGGACGCCCGCAGAUUGCAAAGUGUUUGCUGGGGUACGGAGCGAAUCCGAACCUCAAGGACGACGACAACAAAACGCCCCUUGAUAAAGCUCGCGAGCGAUCAGAUCCAGGCCACCAGGAGGUCGUACGCAUUCUUGAGAGUCCUGGUGAGUACAUGGUGAGUGCCGACAUCCUGGACACGGAUGAGGAUGUGGAACAUGAAGACGUUGAUGAGGAUGAAGAGGGUGAAUUUGACGAUGGUGGCGAAGAUGAGUGCGACGAGGAUGAAGACGCAAGCAUAGGAGAUCAAGAUCUAAGACGACGUCCACGAGGCAUUGAAGAACCUGUCGACAUCCCCUGGCCUCGUAAAGCUAUUGAGACCGAGAGUCAGCCAGCAGAUGGUGCCAGUUUCCCCAAGGACGGUGACCUGCAUCUAGUGUCACCAUCCUCGUCACUUCAACCACCGCCUGCGUCUCAGCCAAGUGCCGGCGAAGAGGACGGCGAAGAGAGAGUUGCCAGCGACGCUGAUCCUGAAGUCGGCCCGUUGUACCUGCGACGUCUGCUGCCCGUCUUCUCUGGAGCUGCCCAGUCAUCACUGUAUGCAUCUGUGCGGAAACUCAGCGUGACUGUCCUCCGACAAAUGGUGCACUGUGCACCGUCCGAGCUGCUCACUACCGUCUUAUCAGAGGGCAAUGCAAGCAGUCUGAUGUCUGAGGUAGUAGCAGCAGCCCUGACGUCAGAGGAGGACGAUGACAUCGUCUGGCUUGUAGUUCAGCUUCUGCGUGACGCUGUGUCGAAAGCGCCCUCACUGCUAGCAGAAGAUCUGGCACGGCUUGGUGUUCCUGUUCAGCUCCAGUCGCUCGCUGGUGAAGACGAGCCGAAGCAAGAUGAGGCAGCGGCGGCGGCUGCCGCAGCUGCCAACAAAGAACCCGCUCCGGACGGUCCCGAUGCCACCAGCAUCAAGAACGGCGUCGUGUAUAGCUGGCGCCAGUGGCGGCUUGUGACAAACCGCGAGAGUGCAUUCCUGUGGUGCGACUACUGCAUUGUUGAGCUGAGCCGGGGCAGUAACGGCUGGUUCCGUUACAUGUUUGAAAACCGAAUGGCCACAAUGUACUCGAGCGGUACGCCAGAAGUCAGCAGCGAUGUGCUAGCUCGCCAGGAAACCAUCACCAAACUGCAGUCAGCACGCGGCCCAGCCUCUCUAGCCCCGCGGCCGAUUUUAACAUCGCCGGGUGCGACGAAGCUGAAGAUCGGCAGCUGGCAGUUCAGCUCUGCACUGACUGGCACCCUAAGCAUUCACAACGCCGACGGUCCACAGGUGACGCUACUAUCCGAGGAUCGGAACGGCUUUGUGUUCGAGUCCAAGCGGGGAUCAAGCCAUUCUUUCACCCAUGACAAGCCACUGGCUUUGCAAACCUUAGCGAGGAAGUUUGGCAAGAACCAGGAAUCAACCAAGGACAAAAUAAAGGCAGCCGCACGCGAGAUUCUGGAAAAGCACUUGACUGACAGUCACGAGACACGUGCUGUUGUCACGCAGCUUGGCAAGGUGGUGCGUGACUUCCGCUUUGGCUUGGAGUUGCAUGCCGGAAUGAACCCUACUCCUCUCGUUUCGCCGGUCUCGGAAGGCGCCAGCACGGCCGCCACCCCUACGUCGCCCGCACCGUUCCCAUCCCUGUCUACUCGCUCUGCAAGUGCUGCUGGCAGCUACGCAGGCAACGACUGGCAGGAGUGCCUGAGCACGGCGUUCAAAGAGCUGUCCGAAGUGCUCAGCGACGAGAAAGGAGUGUCUGGCUUCGAAGUGGACAGCUCCGGCUUGAUCGGAAUUCUGCUUGAUCUACUGCAGUGUCCUGAGAAAGCAACUAGCGAGAUGAAGAAACAGAUCAAUGAGCGCCUGCGUGCCUUCUUGGAGGUAUUCAAAGGAUCAGGUGACAGCAAGCCGGCGGGUGCGCUGGUGCACAAAAUCGUUGAAGCACUCGAGGCCUGUGAGAGGCUUCCCGUGUUCCUGUAUGAUACGCCUGGAUCGGGAGCCGGCGGCCUUCAGAGCCUGAGCCGUCGAUUUCGAUUCAUCGUGGAGCUCUCGGCAGGAGAGAAGACCUUGAUAGAUCGUACUGGGCGGUCAUUCAGGGCCGAGGCUAACACCACUGUGUCUGCCUUAGAGCGCUUUCUCUCCAAGAUGGUCGGCAAGCAGUGGUUUGACUUUGACAGAUCGACCUUUGCGUAUAUCAAGCAAAUCGAAGACGCGCGUGAUUCCGAUUCCAAACUGAAAUUCCUUCACGUCCAAGACUUUGAUCAGAACGGAAUUCUCUACUGGAUUGGAACGAAUGGCAGAACGGAACGAGAGUGGGUGAAUCCCAAUCAGUACGGCCUGGUGUCUGUGCUGUCGUCGGAUGGUCGCAAUCUCCCGUAUGGUCGGCUUGAUGAUGUGGUGGGUCGUGACACUUGUAACUGCCAUACCAAUGAUGUCAGUCAUGCGUGGUUCAGUGUUGAUCUUGGAGUGUCGGUGAUACCAUCCGCGUACAGUCUCCGUCACUCUCGUGGCUACAAUCGGUCGGCUCUCCGAGACUGGGACUUCCAAGUAUCUUGCGACGGCAAUGAAUGGUUGACUUUGAAGUCCCACAAGGGUGAUGAUGCCCUUACUGAUCCCGGUUCCAUGCACACAUGGCAUUUGACAGAUGUGCCGGCAACAGAGGAGGGCUGGCGUCACAUGCGCAUCCAAAUCACUGGUCCGAACUCCAGUGGCCAGACACACUAUCUCUCACUCUCCGGCUUUGAGGUCUAUGGUACUGUCGUCCAAGUGGCGCAAGAUCAACUGGGUAAAGCUGCAAGAGAAGCUGAGGCAUACGUACGCAAAUGUCGACGCUACUACCGCCGUUUUAUUGUACCACUGAUCACGAAGGGAGCGCGGGUACGACGGGGCCUGGAUUGGAAGUGGCGUGACCAGGAUGGCUCUCCACCCGGUCCUGGCAGAGUCAGCGGCGUACUCAGAAAUGGUAGGUCAUCAGGACCUCCGUCCGUCCAACCCACGGCACAUGUACAUGUUCAGCUCCUUACUUCUGAUUUGCCAUCGGCUGUUGCUCUGAGGUUGCAAGAGCAAGAGCAUGUUGUCCUGACGUGUGGAGCAGCGUUUCAGCUCGCUCAGGGCCGUGCAUCGCUGGGCAAUUCCUAUCGGAUGGGGGCAGAAGGCAAGUUUGAUCUGACUCUGGCGUCAGAAGACGACGGUGGCCCAGCUGAGGAUGUUCUCCCACCUAUGCCCACCAUGGACAAAACUCCUCUCUCCUCAGGCUGCUUAUCAAGAAAGGGUAGUACAAGAACAACAGACUCAUCGACAUCUGCCUCAGCCACAGCCUCUCCCCUCCUUCAGAAGCGAUCCAGCACAUCUGUAACGUCUUCGACAUCGUCUAAAAGUCAGUCGUCAACUGAUGACUCGCAACCGUCCACAUAUGCCGGCGCUGCUGCAACUGCCACAAAUGCUUUUGCCGAAGACAGCAGUAGUGCUAAAGCAUCAGACCCUGCGCUACCAGCAUCAGACUCAGCUGGUGAUGACGUGAAACCAUCAGCUGCAGAGCCAUCGGUCGAGAAAUCUGGUAGUGCUGUGGCAGACGGUACAACUGAUGCUGAUGCAGUUAAGGUGCGUGAAGAGGAUGUGUCAUCAACAGAAGCUAGCAGCGGCAACGACGGCAGCAGCAGCAACAGUGGCGGCGGCAGCAGCAACGACGGAGGCAACGGCGGUGGCAGAAGCAGCAGCAGCGAGAGCAGUGGGAGUAGUGCUGUGCAGGCCAUUUGCGCAUCCUCCUCUGGGUCCUCCUCAACGUCAGCAUCUUCGGUGGAAGCUACCCAGUCUAAACGUGAUGGCUUAGCAGCAGCGGUGGCAGCAGUAGCAGAAGCAGCCCUAGUUGCAGUAGAAGCAGCAUCGGGAGCCUCGGAAGCCGAAGCAGAGGCAAGAGCAAGAUUGGCCAAGCUCCAAGGAUCUGAUAUUGAUGAACUAGUUGCGGUUGAUGAAUAUGUUAGUGUUUUGGCAGAAGGCGUGCCUCCGGACGAGAAUGAUGAAGACUAUGACAACUACCAUGAGGAUGCUGAGGAGGAGGAGGAGGAAGAUGAUGAGGAAGGAGAUGGUGACAACCAUCAGCGUCACUGGGAGGAGGACAUUGUUCUUUGCCGUCACUACGCUUCACUGCUUCCCACGUUUGACCCGCGCCCGGGCCGCACCAAUGUCGCUCAGACGCAGGAUUUGGAUGUGCCACCGCCUGGUACUCCUGAUGAUACUCUGGAUCAGCUGCGUCUCAACCGAGCCAGCAAUCGUCCACAGCUAGCUCUCUUCAUGAAAGUCAAGGAUACACCUGGGCUGGCCGAGAUGCCCGAGAUGAUGUUGCGACAUGAUGAGACCGUCUUCUGCGCUGUGCAACGCUACUUCCAGCGUGCACAGGCAUGUGGGAAACUGGACCGAAAUCGCCGCAUCUGGGAGCCAGCUUAUUCUCUGCGUUACCGCAAGUUUGAUGAGGAGGACGAAAAUGAGCACUACCAGUACAUCAUUGAGCCGCCGCCACCCAAGGCCAAGUGGACGGUGUUUCACGUCGAGUCCACCCUCGGCUCGCAGGACUUUCCCAAGUCUGAGAUGAUCUCGUAUCUACAGAAGCAUGCCAAUCCCGAAUGGCUGAAACAGUGGCAGCUGGUCGGUACUGUGCGUGCACUGCGCAAGGGGCGCAACUGCUCCCAGCUCGUUGCUGCUUACAAGGAUUUCUGCGGCAAGCCUAUGGUGACAUCUGGCGAUCUGCAGUUAGACGUGCUGGACAGUCCGUUGGUCGAGGUGGCACCCUAUCUGCACUUGCUGCGACUGCUCUUUCACCUGGCCAGCUCACCUAUUGUCGUACCACCUGCUGAUGGGGAGAGUGAAUUCGACGUUCUUCUUCUUCCUGUCUCGCUGGAUGACUUUGUCAGCAAGAAAAUCACCAACAAGCUGCUGCAGCAAGUUCAGGAUCCGCUGGCCAUCUCCAGUGAUGCCUUGCCGAGUUGGUGUGAACACCUGGUAGCCGUCUGUCCCAUGCUCUUCCCGUUCGACGUGCGGCAGAUGUUCUUCGCCGCGUCGGCAUUUGGAGUAACACGUUCUGUAGUAUGGCUGCAAAACAAGCGAGACCAGCAGCUAUCGGAGCGAAGUCGUGGCGGCUCAUCACGGCACGACGAUAUGGAGUUCAGGCUCGGUCGGCUGAAGCACGAGCGUGUGAAAGUGCCUCGCGGUGAUGAUGUUCUCAACUGGGCCGUAAACAUCAUGCGUGUGCAUGCCGAGCACAAGAGCAUACUGGAAGUGGAGUUCGAAAACGAGUAUGGCACUGGACUCGGCCCGACGCUGGAAUUCUAUGCCUUGGUCUCGGCGCAGCUACAGCGGAAAGACCUUGGCAUGUGGCUGGUGGACGACGAUGCUCCUAAUGACCUGGAAAGAGAGGUUGACAUAGGCAGUGGAGUACGUCAGGCUGGUUACUACGUACAGCGGCACGGCGGUCUGUUCCCUGCGCCCUACCCACAGGACUGGCCCGGUCUGGAUUCCAUCGUACGCCUCUUCCACUUCCUAGGAACAUUCCUGGCAAAGUGCUUGCAAGAUAAUCGCCUGGUGGACAUUCCACUGUCCAAUGCUUUCCUAAAGCUUCUGUGCAGCGGACAGGCUGGCGUGAGUAGCGAUGGCUACACGCUGUCAAGUUGCUUCACUACUCCAGUGCCGUCUUACAUGACACCGGUGCCUGAGCUAGACACGCCAGUCCGGACGCCCACGGACAAGGCGCCGACGCCGCUGGGAGGCUCAAACCUGCCGUUGACGAGGAGUGCUAGCGGCUUCACGGAUAAUCUGUCUGGAGCACCGUCACCCAUCCGCUGGUCCGGCUGGACACCACCGCCUGGCCUCCGCUCACCAGUGGCUGCAGCUAAUCCCACCAGUCAAUCUUGGUACAGCGACAUACUCACGUCAAUUGAUCACGAAGCUGUCGACUCGUACCGUGCCAAGUUCCUGGAUCAGCUCCGCACCCUCGAUGCCAAGCGGAAAGAGCUAGCUGCAUCCGGACCGGCAGAAGAGACGGAGCAAGCGAUUGCUAGUCUCAAGUUGUCUAUGCCCAACGGGGAUGAGGCUGCCUUGGAAGACAUGUGCCUGACAUUCACUUUUGACCCACCAUCGAAGGUGUACGGCUACUCGGCACAUGAUCUUCUACCGGAUGGCAGUGAAAUGGAUCUGACAAUGGAGAACUGUGGUCGCUAUGUGGAGGUCGUCAGUGACUUCUGCAUGGACAUUGGAAUACGCAAACAAAUGGAUGCGUUCAGAGCUGGCUUCAACGAGGUUUUCCCCAUUGACCGGCUGCAAGUGUUCACGCCGCAUGAACUGCGCUUGAUCCUCUGCGGCGAGCAGGCCCCGUCGUGGACACGCGACGAACUGCUCAAGUACACGGAGCCGAAAUACGGCUACGAACGCGACAGUCCUAGCUACCUGCGCCUUAUUGAUGUGCUUAGCGAAAUGACAGCCGACGAACGCAAAGCAUUCCUGCAGUUCGCCACUGGGUGCUCGUCACUUCCACCGGGUGGACUGGCCAAUCUCCAUCCACGCCUUACAGUGGUGCGCAAGGACGAGCCCGGCUUCCCAUCGGUGAAUACCUGCGUACACUACCUGAAGCUGCCCGAUUACCCGACAGCCGAGUUGCUGAAAGAGCGCCUCUUGGCGGCCACCAUUGAGAAGGGAUUUCAUCUCAACUAAACUCCUUUUCCUAUGCAUAGUUUGGUCAUGGGAGUCAAUAUAACCUGUUCAUAGCUCUUUUCCUUCGUUUGUACUUUUUUUGAUGCUCAUCAACUUGUUGCUGCUGGUGGUGUGUGCUUCUGUGUCUUGUGCUUGCUAAGUUAAACCUCCGAUUCUUUUAGCAUGGCUGCUGUCUCUGCUAGCGUCAAGGGUCGGUAGUAAUUUUGUCUUAUGCCGCUCUUGGGUGUGUGCGUGUGUGGGUGUGAGGGCAUGCGUGCAUUUUCUAACUAACCCUGGGUAUGUUUGUAUAUGCGUGUGUGUGUGUGCAUGGUGUGUGUUUGCUUGUGGUGUGUGCAUACAAUACAUAGAUGCAUUGCUCAGAACUGCUGCCGCUGCUGCUGCUGCUGCCUAGUAUAUUCUUUGUUCUUGCUGUGCUGUCUCCAUGUCUGUGUUGCUUCUGCUUUCUCCGCUCCGCUCACGAUCUUUAUCUGAGCUGUGUUGCAUCAGUCUGUGAACUGGGCAUAUAUGUCACUCUGACUGGUUUGGUUUUGUUCCUCUAUUUUUUUGCUCGUCGUACCCCAGUCGAAUAGUGGCGUUUUAAUCUAUUUUAACACCCCCACCCCUCUUUUCCAGUGCCAGCCUGUCAACCGCCCUUUUCCUUUCUUUCUCUUUUUUUUUAAUCCCCAGCGCUACCUCUGUUUGUGGCCUGUAAUCCACCUUGCUUUCUGAACUCGGCUGCCUAUGACACUUUACUCAUUCAGAUAUGAUUUCUUCUACCGUGUGUUCUAUGUUCACAUGAUCAUUUUUCUUUCUACACUCUCUUAUUCUCUGUGUACAAAUGCUCAAAUCCGUAUUUUUCCCCUUGUCCUGGCACGUCGUUGAACCAGUCUUGCAGCCGGA